GGGAGGGCUAGGCGGAAGGACGAGCAGAUCCCCAGCCAUGAGCUCCAGCCAGCCAGGGACCUGCCCGUGUCAGGGUGCUGCAGGCCGCCCAGCCAUCCUGUAUGCACUUCUGAGCCCCAGCCUCAGGGCCAGGCCCGCUGUGCCCCCAGCUCCGAGUCGCUGCCUCUGCAGACAGCACCGGCCUGUCCGGCUGUGUGCCCCGCAUCGCACUUGCCGGGAGGCCUUGGAUGUUCUGGCCAGGACAGCAGGCUUCCUGAGGAACCUGCCGUCCUUCUGUCAGCUGCCCCCUCAGGACCAGCAGCGGCUGCUGCGGGGCUGCUGGGGCCCCCUCUUCCUGCUCGGGUUGGCCCAAGACACUGUGACUUUCGAGGUGGCCGAGGCACCGGCCCCCAGCAUACUCAAGAAGAUCUUGCUGGAGGAGCCCAGUAGCAGGGUGCGCGGUGGCCAGCUGCCCGAUCGGCCCCAGCCCUCACUGGCUGCUGUACAGUGGCUUCAGUGCUGCCUGGAGUCCUUCUGGAGCCUGGACCUGGGCCCCAAGGAAUAUGCCUACCUGAAAGAGACCAUCCUCUUCAAUCCUGACGUGCCAGGCCUCCACGCCUCCUCCCACAUCGGACACCUGCAGCAAGAGGCUCACCAUGCACUGUGUGAGGUCCUGGAGCCCUGGUGCCCCACAGGCCAAGGCCGCUUGGCCCAUGUCCUUCUCACAGCCUCCACCCUCAAGUCCAUCCCGCCCAGCCUGCUUGGGGACCUCUUCUUCCGCCCUAUUAUUGGGGACAUUGACAUCGCUGGCCUCCUUGAGGACAUGCUUUUGCUGAGCCAACCUGUUCCAGCCCAGGCAGAGAGCAAGUGUAGGCUGGGCAGAAGCUGGCAGCACUGACUUGGUCCAGCUGUCCCCAGGGGUGACACAGGCUCCCAGAGGGGCAGGCCUCAGCUCCCCUGGAACCAACAAGAUGAGCUAUGGGGCCCCUCACUCACCACACACCUCCCCCCCCCUUGGCCUUUCUUGGUUUGACAUGGUGCUCCAGUUGUCUGGCCAUCCUUUAGUGGUCCUCAGAGCCUCUGGGCCAAGACUUCCAACCCCUCCUGAGAUGGGGAUGGAAGCUUAGAUUGCUCAUUGGGACAAGAGUCCUACUGACUUUGUACAGAACUGAUUUAAGUUAUUGGGUUUUGUAAUAAAAGGCAUG